AUGAUCAAAUCUAAACGGCAACAAAAAUUAGAACAAAAACAACUUCAAUCUCGUCGUACCAAAUCGUCAUCUUUUGCUACUAAAACUCCAUUUCGAGAUGCUGAAAGAAAUUUUAAGUCACGUUUACCACCACCAGAUUUUAGCAAAGUGAUUGACUUUGAUAAUUUAGAAAAUUGCCUUGACGAAAUUAAAGAUAAAGUGAUUGAAGUAGAAUUAACUGCUGAUUUAGGUGAAGAAUGCGAAAAUUUAUUUGGAAAAUACAAGGAUGGUGCAUGCAUCGAAAGAAAAAAAGCAUAUUUAUUUAAAGACUUACCAGAUGCGCAAAAACAUGUAAUCAAACGAUGUCUAAAAGAUUUUACAAAGCAUCCAAAUAUUUCUAAUCUUGAUACUCAUUAUGUUUUACCUAAACAAGGAAUUUGGGAACUUUACGAAAAGGUUAUCAACAAUAUAUUGGAUGAAAACGAUAAAGAAUGUUUUAUCCCUUUAAAGGCUUCUUCAAUCAAUAAAAAUAAUGACGUACAAUACUCAGACGAUGGUGAAGAAUCAACUUUAAUAACAGGUCCUCCGUUAGAAUCCACAAAAUCCACCACAAUCAAUGAAGAAAAAUCAGAUCCGCCACCAUCAUCCACCGUUUCUAUACUACCACCAUCUCAAUUAAUCCGUAAAUUAAGAUGGAUCACAUUGGGAUAUCAAUAUCAUUGGUCUACAAAAACAUACCAUUUUGAUCGUCGAUUUGAAUUUCCUCAAGAUAUUAACGAUUUAACAACUGCAGUGGUAAAAGCAAUAGAUGGAAUUGGUUUUCCAGAUGGUAGUUUUAUUCACAAAUAUGAUGUGACAAAAUGGAAACCAGAAGCUGGUGUAGUUAAUUAUUACCAACUUAAAGAUAAUUUAAUGGCACAUGUUGAUCGAAGUGAAAUAAAUAUGGAUGCUCCCUUAAUAUCUUUUAGUUUUGGGCAUUCGUGUAUUUUUUUAAUCGGCGGUACAACGCGUGAUACUCCCCCUUUUGCAGUAUAUUUGCGUAGCGGAGACAUUUCAAUAAUGUGUGGACCUAUUCGAGGAUGUUUUCAUGGAACCCUUCCGUCAUAUCUUACAUCUAACAAUGCAGAAGAUCCAGAAUGGGAUAUUUAUGGUGAUUUUAUGUCAACAACGCGUAUUAAUGUAAACGUUAGGCAAGUAUUUUAA